AUCAAACUUGCCGUUCCUGAAGGGAAGACUAAUGAUAAAGAAUAGAAAAAUAUGCAUGCAAGCUGAUGAUGUAACCCUGUUUGUGCGAUGAUCUAGUUACCUACCUACUCUAUCGGGCGUAGGCAAUACGCACCACGUGCUACAUCCUGGCUUUUCCACUGCUCCAGUGGUUAUAAGAGGCGCCAUCAUAAUCUCGGUGAAUGCCGAUCCCAGUACUAUAGGCCAGGAGGCUGGGUAAGCAGGGUAGGUAAGCAGGCAGGCAGGUAGGCCAACACCUCGUCAGCUCGCCAGCUUGUAUUUAUACUCCAUUGUCCUGUUAGAUCUGCUUCGGAUCUGCUGGGACUUCCCUAGACUGUCUUGGCGAGUGGAAACUCAUGAUUGGUCCAUCAUCUUGCUUUUUUUCGUUACUUUCUCCAAGAUGCGUCUCUCCAACGCCACCUCGGUAUUAGGAGCCUCCCUACUUGUUGGCCGCACAUUGGCCUGCUCCGGCUGCGAUGGCUCGGUGGGCCAUGUCGAACAUGUUCGACAUAUCAAACGCAUGCAACCAGGUGCCAUUAACGCUACUUAUGGGCCUACGAGAGCAUUGGAAUGGGGUCAAUUGAAUUUCCUACAUACCACCGACACGCACGGAUGGUUAGAGGGCCAUUUGAAAGAACAAAACUAUGGCAGCGACUGGGGUGAUUUUGUCUCCUUCUCAACUCGCUUCAAACACCAAGCUGGUAAUAUGGGAGUCGACCUUCUUCUGGUCGACACCGGUGACUUACAUGAUGGAGCCGGGCUGAGCGACGCCACUACGCCAGACGGCGAGGUUUCCAUGAAAAUUUUCGACCAUGCUGAAUACGACCUGUUAACCAUAGGUAACCACGAAUUGUAUCUCGCCAACGUCGCUUACCAGGCUUUGGAUGAGAUCUCGACUUACUGGGGUGAGAAGUAUCUUACAUCGAACGUCCAGAUACUUAACCAGCAAACAGGGGAUUGGCAGUAUAUCGGUAACACUCACAGAUAUUUCACAACUCAACACGGGCUCAGGAUCAUGGCGUUUGGUGUAUUGUUCGAUUUUACUAGCAACACAAAUGUCUCCAAGGUUAUACCGGCAGAGACCAUGGUAACACAGCAAUGGUUCUUAGAUGCCCUCAAAUGUCCAGAGCCUGUUGAUUUGUUUGUCGUUAUUGGACAUAACCCUGCACGGCCGACUGAUAACAUCAGCACAUUUCCCACCGUCUUCAACGCAAUUCGUGCAGCGCAUCCCAACACCCCGAUCCAAUUUCUUGGAGGACACACCCACAUUCGAGACUUUGCCGUAUUGGAUUCUAGUAGCACAGCGAUCGAGUCGGGCCGUUACUGUGAAACUCUAGGUUGGCUUUCGAUGUCCGGGUUUGACAGCACCAACAGCGGCUAUACUGGAAUCGUUCCUGGCCCUGCUGGUGUCCCCAACCCGACCCGUAAGGCGACUCAGAAUUCUACCUCUCCGUUCGUAUAUUCCCGCCGCUAUCUGGACUGGAAUCGCCGGACAUUUGAGUACCAUGCUGCAACAUGGUACGACCAAAACUUCGAUUACAAUAACGGCUUGGCCGUUACGGCGGAGAUUACGAAGGACAGGGAACAGCUCAACCUCGGCGAGGUCUACGGAUGCGUGCCGCAGGAUUACUGCAUGACUUGUGCUCCGUUCCAUAGCUCCAACAGCAUCUUCCCUCUACUGUCAGAUGCGUUAGCAGAAGCUGUUGUCAAUGAAUCCCGCAAAGACAUACCACGCUAUAUCAUCGCCAACACAGGAAGCGUCCGAUUUGAUAUGUACAAGGGACCUUUUACGUACGACGACCAAUUCAUUGUUUCGCCAUUCCGUGACAUCUUCUUACAUAUCCCUAGCGUACCUUACGAGGUAGCUGCUAAUUUGCUCGACUUGCUUAAUAAUCGGGGUGCUAGUGAGAAACGCAACCUUGGCGUUAUGACCAUUGAGCGGGACAUCUGCGUUGAUCCGCCAUUGGCUCAUUCCAAAGUCGGACGUGAUGAGUGGUCGCAUGGAUUUCCCAGCAUUACGAGACGCCAGGUUGUCGAUCUAGUCCCCGGCUACACAACCAAGGACGACUUUGGCGAGGAUGGCGAUGAUACUGUACACACUGCAAUACCACACUACAGUAUUCCCGAUUUCUUCCAAGGAGUAGCUGGGUUCAAUGAGAGCAGUAGUGCGGAUGUUGUUGACGUUGUGUUUGUUGACUUUAUUGAGAACGACCUUUUGGCGAUGCUUGGUUCGAAUUACAGCUCUAGCGACGUGUCUUACUACAUCGACGCCAAUUUCACGACGCAAGAGUACCUUCCAAUAUACAUCAAGAACUCGAAGCUCUUCCAAACUGGGUUACCCAACUGCACCAAUGUGUAGUGUGUUAGCUCAAUCUAUAGAUAUCCAAUGAUUAGACCAUCUAACAUGAUAAAAGUUCACAGUCGUCUUAAUCUAAUAAUAGGCCCCUGUAUAUUUGUCUGUGUGUCUGUGUUUGCGUUGUGGGGUAAGUGUCGAUUGCGUGGCAUGCUAUGCUCUUAUGAAUAUCUAAAUUUCGGCUUUUGCCAUGCAUUUCGUAGGACAAUAGAAUACUCGUUGUUACUUAUUGGUCUUGUCAAUAUACUACUUUAGGUUAUAGGGUUGUUU